GUUGAAGGAGAAGCCUGGAGUGCCUUAUAAAAACCUCUCUGGCUCAGCGCUCCUCACCAGUGCUGGCUUCUUGCUACAGCUCCACUCUCCUGUGCAUUGAGGGGUUAACCUGAGGUUGGGAAGAUGACUAAGCUGGAAGACCACCUGGAGGGAGUCAUCAACAUCUUCCACCAGUACUCAGUUCGGGUGGGGCAUUUUGAUACCCUCUCCAAGGGUGAGCUGAAGCAGCUGAUCACAAGGGAACUUGCAAACUCCAUCAAGAAUACCAAAGAUAAAGCUACCAUUGACCAAAUAUUCCAAGAUCUGGAUGCCGAUAAAGAUGGCCAGGUCACCUUUAAUGAAUUCGUAGUCCUGGUGUGCAAGGUGCUGAAGACUGCCCACGAGGAUAUCCACAAGGAGUAAGAAGCUCUGAGAGGCUUUUUCCCAGAAAUGUCCCCAAGAAGAUGUUUCCUUCUCCUCAUCAAAGCCCAGACUCACCUGAGGGACGUGAGCGUUAAUAAAUGUACUUUUGAAAUGUU